UCGUCGCGUCAUUUAGAUCAAGAGUUCACUCACUGAGACUCGCGAGCCACAGCAGGAAAAUAUGAUCAUCGACGGUGUUUGUGAGGAUUUUUAUGCUUUUCUGGACCGGGACAAUGACGUCUUGACGAGUCCGCUUAAUUUGGGUUCAUUUUAUAACUGCGCUUCACCCACCGAGGCGAAUCUGACCGCUGGCUCUCCGAUCUCUGGUUCGGACCAGAGCUGGAACAACAACAGCGCGCAAGACUGCGUCAACGUGAAAGCAAGUCGAUAUCAAGGUGUGCGCGUGAAGAACACAGUAAAAGAUCUCAUCAUGCAGAAACGACACGACGUUCAGGCUCAACAAUAUCAGAUGGAAACUGAAUUCCCAGCUGUGGGCCGCAAGAGAAGUGCCGAGAAUCUUUCUCACUGUCCCGAGAAAAGACUCGCACCUGCAGACAGAAACAUGUCUCCGUGCUCUCAAAGUGAGGAAAUCUUUUAUGAGUGGGAGAUGUUGGAAGACAUCAGCGAUGACUUGUCUGAAGAGCGCCUCUCCAUUGAGUCGGUCAUAGUCAAAGGAUGGCCGGUAGCGCGUCAGUCACUUUACGCUGAUGUAGAAACCCCCACUUACACGGCUUGCCAUCUCCUACCGCCCACGGAGAACGUGUAUCCUCCCUCCAUUCAAAUCCAGAGCUCUCAGAUGGCUCCCGGGCUCAACAUGACCAGCGCUCCACCGGUUUCUUUUUUCGAAUGGCAGAUACAACAGGAGGAGGAGAAACUGGCAGCCUUGAGCCAUGUGGAGCUGACCUCUAGAGAUGAGGACGGAGACACGUUCUUGCACAUCGCAGUGGCGCAGGGCAGGAGAGCUUUGGCGUUUGUUCUCGCCAGAAAAAUGGCCGCCAUUAACAUGCUUGACAUGAAAGAACACAACAAGCAGAGCGCCUUUCAGUUGAGUGUCGCGGCAAACCAGCACCUGAUUGCACAAGACCUGCUUUCACUGGGAGCUGAAGUCGACACGCUGGACUAUUGGGGCCGAUCCCCAUUACACGUGUGUGCUGAGAAGGGUCACACCUUAACCCUACAGGCCAUCCAGAAAUCCAUGCCAAUCAACGGGAGACACGUCAACAUAGAGGCCGUGAAUUAUGAUGGACUCGCGCCUCUCCAUGUAGCAGUUCUAUCCCACAAUGCAGUGGUGCAGGAGCUGGCGUGUCACGGGACGCCCCCCUCAGGUCACACUGUCGCUCUGCUGCAGAGGAGGAAACUACUGGGCGAAUGUAUAAAUGCACUGUUGCUCAUGGGCGCUUCUAUCGAAACCAAGGAUCGCAAAAGCGGCCGCACGGCUCUGCACAUGGCGGCUGAGGAGGCAAACAUUGAACUUCUGCGUCUUUUUCUGGACCAGCCCAACUACUGCGCUGUCAUCAACACGAAGGCCUUUAACGGGAACACGGCACUUCACGUGGUCAGCGCUGUGCAGGGUCGCCAAGCUCAGCUGGAUGCUGUUCGACUGCUGCUGAGACGUGGAGCCGAUCCCAGCACUAAGAACCUAGAGAACGAGCAAGCGGCCCAACUCGUGCCCGAGGGUCCUCUGGGAGACCAGGUGCGUCGGACCCUGAAAGGGAAAAUAGCCUGUUCUCGUCCGUGAGCACGGUCUUCCGAUUCUUCCUUCUAGAAACGCUGUCAGUUAGGCAGUCCGGUCUGUACAGAUUCAUUUGCCGCUAUCAGGCAGAUGUCGGUUGUUUCUGUGAAACAGCUUCAGCAUUGUUCACUACUGUGUAGUAGACGGUACAAGAAUGUGAAUGCAACACUUCAGAGAAUCGGACUUUAUGAAAGGAAGAUUAAAAACACAGAGAAAUUUGAUUGGAUGUUCAAUCCAGAUUCAGUUCAUAGAGUGAAGUGUGAAUGAGCGACUCUGAAUGUUGCAUUUGAUGUGUAAAAGUUUGUGAACGGUUUCUUGACUAUCCAUGUUAUUCUAGCAGUAGUAAUAGUAGUAGUAGGGUAAAUAUUUUGGGGGAAAUUGGUAAGUGAUGAUGGAUGUAAACAAAACUAACAAACCACUUUGAGAUUUUAAUCUGUGAAACCUGUUGAGCAGGAAUGUGUCUGCAGGUCACGUCUGGUCAUGCUGUGCGUCCUUUUCCUUCCACUGCUAACAACAGAUCUGAAAACUGAUUCCCAACCUUUUUAAAGUGCUAGCGUGAGUUUUGGAAAAUCCCAGCGUGAGAUUCUGUUAAUGAUAUUACUGAUGUACUUAUGUUUUCUGGGAAAUGGGUAAAAGUUGUAUUCGGUAUAUAUUUAGUGCUAGAACAUUAUUCCAUUGUUCAUUGGGAAGUUUUGGGUUGUUGGGAAGUUUUUCUCGUUAUUGAAUUCAUUUGUUAUUCUGCAUAUUUGAACUGUCAGAUGUAAUCCAAAAGUAAAUAAAGACGAUCUUUUCUUGGAUGCUUUCCAUGCCUCGGCUGAUUCAAAUCCCUGAUAGCACACAUACAUCUGGCAGACAUCUGUUUGAUGUCUGCAAGAUGAAAAUGCUCAUCUGCCCUACAUCUCUGAGACGUCUGCUGUCAGAUGUCAUAUAGACCUCUAGAAGAUGUCUGUAAGAUGUGUAGGAUUUAUAAUGGAUGUACAACAGCUCUUUCUAAGAUGUUUAGCAGAUGUUUUUACACAGCAGAUGUUUUCCAGAUCUUUAGCAGACAUCCUACAGAUGUACCUGUGCUAUCUGGGCAUUUUAGACACACAUGAGGAAAGGGGGCUUAAAAGUGACCAGGAAUUUAAACAGUUUAUCUGAAAACAAGUAUGACUCUGGAAGAGAUCACAAGAGUUCAUUUGUAACCGCAGUCAGAUGAGUUUUCAUUUAGAAUUCGGCAGAUUACUAGCCGAGAAAGGGUUCAAUACAGCUACCCAAUAGAGUACCCCAAAAGUCCAAAUGUAUUUUAUAUAUUCAUAAUCUUACCUAAUCGAUAUUUUUUUGUCUUGUCAAUAUAUUUGAGUUUUUCCAGGUUUUCCAUGUAUGGACAUUUGUGGACUGAUUUUCAGUGACAUGAGACUAAGACGAUGUGUCUCUUGUGUGUAAAUUGACCUUGUUUUGUUCAAGAUGAAAGCAAAAUAAAUGUGUGCUUAUGUAACAUACUGUAUAUGGAAGAUUUACUUGUGCUAUUCUGAGACGGAUGAAACUUUCCGGAGUUUCUAGUCAAACGACCAUCGGAUUUUACUUCUGCAAUUCUCAUUUAUUUUGGUUUUGUUUGAUUCCGCCACAAUCAUUUUGUUUAUUAAUAAACGUGAGUUUUAUAGGG